CAAUUAUCUUCGAACUAACGAACCCGCCUACACCAUCACACAUCAAUAACCGAAAACCGGGACCAAUAACCCAAAACCAUUUCAUUGCGAUCCUUUUACAUACUUUACACCCUUGAAUAACGAGGUCAAACUAAUUUGGGGGUAGCGAGUCAACCCCGCACGCGAUUUCACACCAUCAAACUACUGGGGUAUACUAAAUACCGAAAUCGUAGCAACGGAGCGGCACUUUGUUCUAACGCCACUGGCUGGAUACACAGAACUUGCCGCGUCUCCGCCGAGUGAACGCGUCCGUGAAAAAUAAAAAAUAAACUUUUAAAUUUGGAACUGUCAGUUUUGGCGCGCUUGUUUUGAAUUCGGUUGUGUGUUGUUUUCCAAUAUGGAGGGCUGCGGCAGUAGAUGUAUAAAGUAUUUGCUGAUCGUCUUCAAUGGAUUGUUUAUGAUCUUCGGCAUCGUCAUAAUAGCGACAGCAUGCGUGGACAUGGGGAUGAUCCAGGGCUUCGCCGACAUGCAAACUGGACACGAGACGGACGCCGUACUUAUAGCGGUUGGCGUUCUUAUCAUCAUAGUGGCUGCGUUUGGGUGCUUCGGCGCGUGGAAAGAAAGCCCUAAGCUGUUGUAUAUCUUCGUCGGUUUGCUGAUCAUCAUCAUCCUCCUGGAGCUGUCCGUGGGCAUCGCGGCGGCGGCGCUGCGCCCCCAGAUCGAGGAGUCCAUGAAGGCCAACCUGAGGAAGUCCUUCAUCAACAACAAGUCGCUGCGCGAGGAGGAUAACGAUUACCGCGCUUUCUGGGACCGCAUUCAGUCUAACCUCCAAUGCUGCGGCAUCACCGGCCCCAACGACUACCGCGCCAACGACCGCGGCCAGGCCGCCAUCAAUCCCACCUACAGCUGCUGUCCCCCCGACUACUCCGACAAGUCCGCCGAGAUCAAGCGCUCCGAGUGCCUCAACGCGGGAUCAUAUUACGAGCAGGGGUGUGAGGACAAGGUUCUCAGUGCGAUCCAUAGUGCGGGAAUGAGUGUUAUCGUCUGCGGGUUACUCUUCUGCUUUUUGGAGGUUGCUGGUAUCGUCCUCGCCCUUUGGUUGGCGCACGCUAUUAAAACUCAAGGGAAGAGCCGAGACACUGCUUAAGUAUUUAUUUGAAUUGUAUUGGAAGAGAAACUUGGUAUUUUAACCACCGGAGUUGGUCUUGGCUGAAUCUUAAUUCGUUUUUGGCAAUUGUUUACUGGCUGAAAAAUUUCUCCAAUUUUAGUAACUAUCCAUUAAACACUGUAUUCUAGCUCUCUUGAAAUCUCUCUAAUAUGUUGUCUCAAUUAUAUUUAAGCUACGAGUGUAACUAUUUUUCAUUGGAUAGUUUAGUUAGACAUAGUAUUUAAUAACGAGUACUUUGUUUUAAUAUUUAUAGAUUACCUAUUUAAUAGAAAAAAAUAAUUGUC